AUGACUGGUCAACAUUCCGACGAAUCCGCUGCAGACACGAUGAACGUAGUUGCAAGAAGUCCAAUUCACUUUGGGCCGUUUCUUGUAACGCCACAGGUCUUCUUCAUAACUCCUCUCUCGUUUGCCCUUGUUAACAUCAAACCCCUUUUGCCUGGUCAUGUCCUCGUCUGUCCAAUACGGCGCAUUCAACGACUGUCAGACCUAACCCCCGCCGAAACAACAAAUCUCUUCCUCACUGUUCGCCGUGUCAGUCGCAUGGUUGAACGUGUCUACGAGGCCACAAGUUUAAAUGUUGCGAUCCAAGAUGGUGUCCAUGCCGGACAGAGCGUGCCUCAUGUACAUGCCCAUAUAAUACCUCGUAAGAAAGCUGAUUUGGACCACAUGGGUGGCUCCGAUGCGAUUUACGGUAUGAUGGACGGUGAGGAUGGGGAUAUUGGAAGGUUCCUGGCCGAAAGGAAACUGGCCAUGGAAUCGAAGCGGUCAAGGUCCGAGUUUCCAGCUGUGGAUAACGAUUCUAGGGAGCCCAGGUCCGACCAGGAGAUGCUCAAGGAAGCAGAAAUGCUUGCUGCGGAGAUGGAAAAGGAGAUUGAACUGGAAAUAGAAAAUUCAAAGAAUGUGUUUGACGAGUAA